AUGGCGGAUUCUGUUCAUACAGAAAUCGUCGUGGAAAAAUUCAACAGCUUUGGUACAUCAGCCUUUGCCGUCGCCAUCCCUGGAAUGGCCUUGUUGGCAGGCUUGGCGUUUGCUCUGUACUGGAUUUACAAUCUUACAAGAACCCACCGACAUUUUCAUCUACAAGACGACUUGGAAAUUAGUAGCGAGGACGAGGUUAUAUUAGAAGCCAGUUUGGAAACUGAGGAUCUCGAAGAGGAAGAAAUGUACUUUGACGAAGAAGACAGUCUGGAUAUGGAGCAACUCGAUGAAUCUGAUGUUGACUUAGAAACGGAUAUUAACGAAGAAGCUAGACUGGAAGACAGUCUAGAUAUGGAACUAUUCGAUACUGAUGACUUGGAUACGGACCUUGAAGAUGAAUCUAGACUGGAGGACAGGCUAUAUAUGGACAUAUUUGAGGAUACUGCAGAUACUGAAGAUACUGAGUAUACUGAGGAGGAGGAGGAGGAGGAGAAGGAGCCGUGUUUAGAAGUUUACUUACUGAGACAAGGUCUGGAACAAAUGGAAGAAGAAAAACGAAGCUUAGAAGAGGAUUUGGAUAAAUGCCAAGAUCAUGCACGUAAAAUGGAAAACCUCUGGAUCGGAGCUAAGGAAGAGAUCGAACUGCUCCGACGUCAGCUAGUGGAGAAAAAUCUACUGCUGGAAAAGAGAGCAGAGGAGGAAAAGGAAAUGAAAGGUAAAUUUGAAAAGGAAUUGGGCGACAGAGGUAGAAAAAUCGAUAAUCUGCUCCAGCAAAAUGAACAACUUGCAGAUGAAAAGAGGCAGCUGGAAAUGGACUUGAAACUGGCUUUAGCUCAAGUACCAAAAAUGGAAGAGGUCAACAGAGAACACCUGGAGGAAGGAAUGUCACUGAAGGGAGCAGAACUCAGAAUCAAAUUAAAAGGAAGUGAAAACCUCAACGAGUUGCUUGACCUGGAUUAUGAAAACCUCUGUAUGCUGAAUGAAGACUUGAGGAAUUAUAUAGUUGAGAAAGAAAUAGAGAUGGAGCGCACUUUACACAAGGGAGCAGAACUCAGCCUCAAAUUGAAAGAAAGUGAAACCCUCAACCAGUUGUUAGACCUGGAGAAUGGAGGCAUCUGUAGGCUGAAUGAAGACUUGACGAAUGUUUUAGUUGAGAAACAAAGAGAAUUGGAGCGCACUUUACACUGGGGAGCAAAACUCAUCCUCAAAUUAAAAGAAAGUGAAAACCUCAACCAGCUGCUUGAAAUGGAGAAUGGAGACCUCUGUAGGCGAAAUGAAGACUUGAAGAUUGUUUUAGUUGAGAAAGAGAAGGAGGCAGAGCUGCUGAAAGGAGAAAAUAUAAAGAUCGACAAUACUCUUGCCGAAGAGACGGAAAGGCUGCUUAGAACAGUCGAAGAGCAGGUCAGUAACAAUCUGUUAGUUAAGAAGGAUCAAUUGGAAAUAGCUCUGCAUCAAGAACAGAGCCUGCAACGCUUACUAGAACGUCAAGAGGAAGACAUCAUCUCUUUCAGGAAGCAGGAGAGUGAAACCCAAUGGGAUAGAGUGAAAGAUGUUAUUAAUGGAGAUGAAUGA